AUGGAGAGGCAAGGAGUAGAGGCCAUCACGCGCAGAACCACGAUAGAGCUCAUCCUUCGUGCGGCGAUCCUUGAUCACAAAAUAGGUAUAAAAAAAUUCAAUGGAGAUGGGAUUAGAACGAGUCAAAGAGCUCACAGAGAGAAGAUUUUGUGGAGCAUGAUGAACACGAAGCAUAUUUUCAAGAUUAUAGGAACGAUUAGAAAGAAGAGCAUUAGAGGAACCAUAAUGAGUGAUAGGCAGACAUUUACCAUCGCCAAAGGUGACUUGAUCAGGACCAUUGUAUUCAGAAUGACGAAUCAGGUUACCCAAAUCGGAGGUAAGAUGAUGAUUGGCACCGGAGUCAAGGAGCCACUGGGACGAGGACUGGCAGGGUGCGAGGAUUGGGCGAGAUGGGAUGCGGAGCCAGGUGUGUAUGUGGGCUGA